GCGGCCCUCUCGGGUACCCCCGGCGGCGAGGGAAAGAUGGCGACGCUGGGAGGCGAGUCGCAGCCCUUCCCCGCCUCUGCUCUGGCGGCGGCGGGUGGGGUGGGCGGCGGCGGCGGCGGCAGCGGGGCGCUGGGUCUGCAGGCGCCGCUGAACCGCGGUCUGGAGCGGGCGCUGGAGGAGGCGGCGCACUCCGGGGGGCUCAACCUGAGCGGCAGGAAGCUGAAGGAGUUCCCGCGCAGCGCCGCCGCCCUCAGCCACGACCUCUCGGACACGGUGCGGGCAGAUUUAUCCAAGAACAGACUAACUGAGGUUCCUGUGGAGUUGUGCCAUUUUGUGUCACUGGAAACACUAAAUCUAUACCACAAUUGUAUUAAAAAUAUACCAGAUGCCAUAGUAAACUUGCAAAUGCUAACUUAUUUAAAUUUGAGUCGAAAUCAGCUUUCUUCUUUGCCAGCUUGCCUGUGUGGUCUUCCUCUAAAAGUCUUAAUUGCAAGUAACAAUAAGCUAGGUUCCCUUCCAGAAGAGAUAGGUCAGCUAAAACAGUUAAUGGAAUUGGAUGUCAGCUGUAAUGAAAUCACAGCUUUGCCACAGCAGAUAGGACAGCUGAAGUCUUUAAAAGAACUGAAUGUUAGAAGAAAUUACCUCGAAGUUUUACCCCAAGAACUAGUGCAUCUUCCCUUGGUAAAGUUUGACUUUUCCUGCAAUAAAGUGCUUGUGAUUCCAAUUUGUUUUAGAAAGAUGAUGCAGUUACAAGUAUUAUUGCUUGAGAAUAAUCCUUUGCAAUCUCCACCAGCACAAAUUUGUACAAAGGGUAAGGUGCAUAUAUUCAAAUAUCUGACUGUACAAGCUUGUCAGAUUAAAACAGCAGACUCACUGUAUCUUAAUGCCAUAGAACCACAGCAUUUGCCACAACCUGUGGAAGAGAGUAUUGAUGACAUCUACCCGAGUAAAAAGGACUCAGAUUCAGGUGUGGGUAGUGAUAAUGGUGAUAAACGUUUGUCAGCAACAGAGCCAUCUGAUGAAGAUAAUGUCAGCUUUAAUGUUCCAAUGUCAGACAUCAUGGAAGAAGAUCAUAUUAUAAAGGAAGAUUCAGGUCACCGUGCUAACUCAAGAAAAGUGGAAUUCCAUCAAGGAUCUUCUCACCUGAUUGUCAAUGAUAAGUCAAGAGAAACAGUAAACCAGUUCGAUGAAUCGGAUACACUUACUUCUGAAUUUAUGAGUUACAUGAAGAGCAGAGCAGCAGAGUGUGAUGAAUUAUUAAGAAUAGAAGAGGACACACAAUGGCAAACAGAUGAAAUACUAAAUUUAUCGGAAGAACAAACUAUUGAUAUAGCAAUGAUAGAACAACUAAGAGAAGCAGUAGAUUUAUUACAAGAUUCCGACAGUGGUCAAAUACAGAUGGAGAUGUCUUCCCUCGGUCAGAGAGAAAGUGCUGAAGAGGAACUAGAAUUUCAGAGGAGGAGGGAGUUUAUAAUGGAGAGAAUAAAGCCUGAAGCGAGAACUUGUGAAAACAGUGAAAAAUGGUCAUUGAAUCAGAAUGAUCUGAUUGUUUGGAAUACAAGUGGGCAGACCUCUCACAAUGAGAAUAAGGAUAAAAGUCCAGCAAUGUCUCCUACUACAAACACCACAAUCCCUUUUGGCCUGAAGCCACGAUCAGCAGACCCAUCCCUCAGUUUUCCUCCUAUCUCCUUCAACACACUUACACAGGCACAAACAUGGGACAACUUUAGCUACAGUAUCCCAUCUGAAGGAGACAGUGACAAUGUAUUCUUAAGACCACAAAGAAAUUUGGAAUCAAUAGACCCACAGUUUACAAUUCGAAGGAAAAUGGAGCAGAUGAGAGAAGAGAGAGAGCUUGUGGAACAGCUACGUGAGAACAUAGAAACAAGACUAAAGAUUUGUUUACCUGAAGACCUGGGGUCAGCUCUGAUGGACGGUGUAGUUCUCUGCCACUUAGUAAAUCAUGUUCGCCCUCGGUCUGUAGGAAGUAUUCAUGUACCUUCACCAGCCGUACCUAAACUUAGCAUGGCCAAAUGCAGGAGAAAUGUGGAAAACUUUUUGGAUGCAUGUAGAAAACUGGGGAUACCAGAGGAAAAGCUCUGCCUACCACAUCACAUCCUGGAAGAAAAGGGCUUGGUAAAAGUGAGCAUAACAGUUCAAGCAUUGCUAGAUGUAACCACAGUGAAACAAGCUUUAUUCACAUGAAACUACUCUCUGCUGUUACCAGCUCCACUGUGCCAUGAAAGAAUCAAAAAACUGCCCGUCUGUUCAAACUGCAUUGAAAAAAAACCCCCAGUACUCCAAGAGUAUUCUUACACUUUUCAUUUUAAAACUGUGUUUCAGACUGUACAUACGUGUCAAACUACAGAGCAGAAACUAAACAGAAACACUUUCUAGAGGAAGUUGGCACUUCACUGCUUUUACAGCUCACUUUGUACAGUACUUUACUAAAACAACCACCUCUCUGCCACUUAAAAAUGUGUGGAGCACACAGCUGUCUUGCAGCAAGAUACCUUGGUAUUAUUAAACUAAGAAUUGCUGUAAUCAUUUGGGGGGAGGGAGAAGGGAGAGUAAAUCAGACUGGCUACCACGUUAGGUUUUUCUGCAGUUGUGUCAGGCUAUUGCCUUUUAAAAAUAUCCAGACAUAAAAUAUUUAUAUAAAUAUUAUUUAUUAGUGAGUUGUUAUUCAUCCUUUGGAUGCAGAAUGUAAAUUAGGAAACUGUAUUUUAUUACUGCUUUUUUUGUGGUUAAACACUUUAUUUUAAUAUAAAUAGUUAUUUUUUAUUCUACUUGGUGUGCAGUAGCUCUAGAUCUUCAAAAAUUGUAUUUUCUAACAUGCAAGAUAAAAAAAGCAAACAAAAUAGGUGCUUUUAUUAAAAGAAGAGCUAGCUGGAAUGGAAUUCUUUAUUUCUUGAUCUGUGGAACAUUGGUAAAAAAUUGUCUGCAUUCCAUUGAGUUUCCUACAUUCCAGUAGCACUUCUCCCCUCACUCCACUAAAUCGGCUGAAACUGAGAGCACACCCAUUUUAUUUGUAUAUAGAUGUUUAAAAACAAAAACGAAAAAAGGAAAUAUGUAAACUUGAACAAUAAAUGUGAACAAAUAUUUUUGAUUGCUUAUUUUACUAUGCACAAGACAUUUAACUUUUGCCACAACAAACUGAAUGAUAUGCAUUAGGAUCACGUGUCUUGAAAUAAAAUUUUGCACUGUAACUUGAUUUCUUUUAAGGACUACGGCACUACAGAACGAAUACAAAAACAUAGCACAAGACCAUUAGCAAGAUUCACCAGAUAGCCAAAAAAUUAAUUUGUUUUCUUCAGUGAUUCCUUCAAGAGGAGAUAAAAUUACUAAAAUUGCCAAAGGCAGUCUCAAAGAUGGGAUCUUCUAGACCUUACCCGCUGCUGGGUACAGUGCUUCUCCUUAAGAGUCUCCGCAGAAUUAAGCACAAUGUUCUGUAGUCCAUGUUUGCAGGAUCAGACCUCUAAUCCCAUGUCAGCAAUAGGAAAUAAGGAAGGUUCUUCUCCUUUUUACCACUUCAUGGUUUUUGAAGAGAUUUUUAAAAGCAUAAUUUAUUAUUAAGACAUCACGCAUUUUAGAUCAAAAAGGUCCAGCACAGCGAUUCUCACACUAUCUGGAACAUCCAUUUUUCAUUCAUACGAGAGGCCAGUGAUGGGACCUGGGCAAGCAGGAUGGGGAAGCUGCACGUGGUGAAAGGCAAGCAGGCAGGGGACACACAGGCAGGUAGUUGGAAAUGCAGAGUGGCAAAAAAAGAGGCAAUGUGGUGGGAGGAUUAAACAUUUAAGCAAGAGCAUGUGGAGAGAACUAUCACAUAAAAACUUUUGGGAAGAAUGAUACACACUUGUCACUACCACCUAUCCAGGCAGUUUCACACCCAUUCACAAACACUGCAUUCAAACCCACCACUGUUCCAGUGGCAGAUUUUUAAUGGCUCACACGGUAUUUGAACACAGACCAUGCGCUUUGAUACCACAAAUUGCUGCCGUGCUGGUGUGUAGUGACAGCAAAGUGUUAGGAGGAGGAAAGUGGGCUCGCAGACAAUGAGGCAUCCAGUAUGCGUGGAAUAUCCAGUUACUUCAACCAAAGCAAAAGCAUUAAUUUUAUAGAGGGAACAUCGACUUAAAUUGUAAUUUUGAUUGGCAGCUAGCUUAUUGUUUCCUUUAAAAUGUACUGUGCACUUUAACACUAAAUGAAAAUGUAUUUUAAUAUUUUACAGAGCUGCACAAAUAUCUGUUUUGUCAAAAGCAAGAGCAAUGUAAAGAAAAUUAAGUUUUCAAGUCAGAGUUUAUCAAAUCUUAAAAGCAUUCAAGGAUUGAGUAUAAAAAUAGGAAUAUUGAUUUCUGCAUCUUGAGGGAUAAAAUGCAGGUUUCCUGAGUAUUUUUUUACAAUGUAUAUAUGUCAACAUGAAGCUUUGUAAUUAUUAUUUUGACAAAUCUUGUUUUUUCAUAAUUAAAAUUUUGGUUUUUUUCUUCUGAUAGUGUCUUUCAGUAUUUGCUUGAAGUUGGCUGUAAAUAAAUAGCUCUAAAUAUUUUGUAAUACAGCUUUUUUUAUGCAGUCUUAACCUGUAUGGCUAAAAAGAGAACCUUCAUGAACCUUUGUACAAUAUUUAUAUGUGCAAUAAAACAUGCAUGGCAAAUCUAUAAUAUCCUACGCAGUGAACAUAAUGUAUAUAGAAAAUCUUUACUGUAGUUACAAUUAAACUAUAUUAUUUGCAGAAAGCCUUUAGUGACUAUCCCUGUGAUUGAUGGUUUCUUGUGAGAGAUGGUGUUUGGAGAGCUUAACACUGGGAAUGAUGGGUUGGGGAUGGAAAAUAAAUGAAUUUUGCAGCUAAACUAGGAAGAGGAUCAAGCUGGUAACUGCUGGGUAACUGCAGAUGUGGUUCCUGCACCUUUGCUACUCGCAUUGUUAAUGUCUCCUGCCAGUCCUUUAGUGACAGUAAAUUAUCUGCCCUCUGCUUCUAGGGCUGGGUGGGCUCAGGGGGACUCCUCCUUCCGUUUGUUCCUGCUCACGUUGAUGUAUAAGAGUCGUUCAUUUUA